GGAAAAGUGUAUUUUCGAUUCCAUCCGAUUUAAUCCCAAGGUUCUUCCCCCCAAACACCAAACUCAAACUAUAUUCUUUUUGACUUUCGAUAAAAUAGACUUCCCGUCAAACUGUAUCUAUCACUGCUUGUUUUGCGGUUAAGGUUGCUUCAGGGUUGCAGGGAAAAUCAGGAUGCAAUGAGAAGAUCGGGAGUGAUGGCUAAACAACAAUUUUUCGUGUUGUGCAAGGGAGGGCUGGCGACGGGAAUGGGGAUGGGAAUGAAUUGUGCGCGUCCGAUGCCAGGGGUUUCGAUGCAUACGCUUUCGAGAUCGGUUUGUAGGGGGAGGGGGGGUGUGGGGUGCGGUUUAAAGGGGAGGAAUGGGGGUGCGGUUUUUUCUGAUAUAUCACGACGGGAGAGGGGGAUUGUGAGGUAUUCGACGGAGAGUAGGCGGGAAAAGGAAAGCAAACAACCAACGCCUCCACCCACACCCCUCAAGAAACCCCUCGAAGUCCUGAAAUCCAUGAAAUCGCUGACCCCUCAUGAAAACAUUUAUACUGUCCCCAAUAUUCUCACCUUUUCUCGUCUCAUCGCUGCGCCCGUUUGCGGAUACCUCGUUCUGCAUGAUCAACAUGCGUGGGCCGUUGGACUCUUUGCUUAUGCUGGGAUCACGGAUUUGGUAGACGGAUGGAUUGCGAGAAAAUGGAAUUUGCAAACGGUGGUGGGCACGGUUAUUGAUCCGAUGGCGGAUAAGACGCUGAUGACGAUUUUGACGGUUUGUUUGGCGAUUAAGGGGGGGCUGCCUGUCUGGCUCGCAACGAUAAUUCUCGGUCGCGAUAUCGGGCUCGCCAUUUCCGCCAUCUAUUGGCGAUGGAUUUCUCUCCCUCCUCCCAAGACGUUUUCCCGUUAUUGGGAUUUCUCGCUGCCAUCAGCCGAAGUGCAUCCGACAACUAUUAGUAAGUAUAACACGGCAUUGCAGUUGGGAUUAAUUGGAGCCACUACGGCUUUGCCGUUGAUUACUUGGGAUGUUGGGAUUGCUAUGACAGGAUUUCAAUACCUAGUAGCCACAACCACCAUUUGGAGCGGAAUGAGCUACAUCUACACCAAAGAUGCCGUUAAGAUUGUCGGUCAACCAGAUCCUACUAAGAAGGAGAAGGAAAAGGAACAAUCCGAAAAGAAGCAGUGAUGGGAAAGUAUGCGAAGGGGUGAUGAUGGGAUUGCAUGUAAUAAUAGGAAUCCAGACUGUAUACAUAUACCAGAAAUAUACAUUAGAACUUUUGUCCCACAAUGAAAGGCGUAUAGAUAUAAUCACGA